GGAGUGUUCUACAUGAAUUUGACCAAUAAGAAACUCUCGUUCUGCUACAAUUUAUUUUGCUACAGUGUAGAUGAAUGAAUACACUCUUCUGUCUGCUGGAGCCCUGAGCUAACUACACACCCACCACACCACACUGCAUAGAGCUGUACUGGACUGGCUUCCACCACCUCAACUCUCUCCCUUUCUCCUCAGACAGUCUCCUCUCCUCUCCUCUCCUGUAGUCUCGUUAACUGACCGGAAGACGGGGAGAACCGCCUCUCACACACUAGCUGAGGACAAGGGGAGAAUCGUCCAUCACACAUUGAUUCGUUGAGAGGACAGUGGAAGAAUAGUUUCUGAGAGGACAGGAGAAGAAUAGUUUCUGAGAGGACAGGAGAAGAAUAGUUUCUGAGAGGACAGGAGAAGAAUAGUUUCUGAGAGGACAGGAGAAGAAUAGUUUCUGAGAGGACAGGAGAAGAAUAGUUUCUGAGAGGACAGGAGAAGAAUAGUUUCUGAGAGGACAGGAGAAGAAUAGUUUCUGAGAGGACAGUGGAAGAAUAGUUUCUGAGAGGACAGGAGAAGAAUAGUUUCUGAGAGGACAGAGGGAGAACCGUUUCCUGGCAGCUAGGAAGAUGAGGAGGUUGCAGUCCAUGAGAUGGUUUAGUUUUCCCUGGUUGAGGAGAGAGACCUCACAGACUGAGACCAGCCCACUCAUACCAAAGACAGACACAGAUAGAGAGUUGUCAGGAGUCCUCCAGGGGACUGACGAGAGCAGCACAGAAGAACAGGCUCCAGAACCAGGACCGAAUGAUGGACCUGGGAACCAGGGUAGAACCAGGGAGGUAAAACCCAGAGCCCGUAGCAGGCCCUUCUCCCUGAGAGACUGCCUUCUAAAGUACCUCCUGUUCUUCAGCAACCUCCUCUUCACAGUGCUAGGCCUGGUGGUCCUGGCCCUGGGACUGUGGGGCCUCAUCAACAAGGAAUCCUUCGCUCAGGAGAAAAUAGGACAGAUCAGCACCGACCCCAUGCUGGUGUUUGUGGUGCUGGGCUUGGUGCUGUCUACCCUCUGCCUGUCAGGCUGUGUGGGGGCUCUGAGAGAGAACUGCUGCCUGCUCCAGGUCUUCUCAGCCACCGUGCUGGUCCUGGUAGCAGCCCAGGUCUUAGCGGCAAUUGUGGCCUACAGCCUGCAGGGACAGAUAGAGGGAUACCUGAGGUCAGGUAUGCUGGCUGCCAUGGUACGUUACCAGGAUGACCUGGACCUGAGGUUCAUCACAGAUGAGAUCCAGAUAGGACUGCAGUGCUGCGGGGCCGACACCUACAGAGACUGGGAGGUCAACAUGUACUAUAACUGCUCUGCCCCGGGGGUGCUGUCCUGUGGGGUCCCUGCUACCUGCUGUGUGGACCCCCUGGAGAACGGCACGGUGUGGAACUCCCAGUGUGGAGUAGGAUCCCAGCAGCUGGAUGAGUUCUCUGCUCAGAGCGUCAUCUUCCUGGGGGGCUGUCUGGGGGGCAUGUCCCGCUGGAUAGAGCAGCACACAGGCCUGAUAGGAUCCGUGGGUAUCGUCCUACUGGGGGUUCAGAUCAUCACUCUGUUCAUCACCACAAGACUGAUGGAUAACAUCCAGUGCAGUAAAGCUACAAGUUAAUAAGACCCAGUGGAGUAAAGCUACAACAUAAUAACAUCUAGUGGAGUAAAGCUACAAGAUAACAUCUAGUGGAGUAAAGCUACAAGAUAACAUCAUCUAGUGGAGUAAUGCUACAAGAUAACAUCUAGUGGAGUAAUGCUACAAGAUAACAUCAUCUAGUGGAGUAAUGCUACAACAUAAUAACAUCUAGUGGAGUAAUGCUACAAGAUAACAUCAUCUAGUGGAGUAAUGCUACAAGAUAACAUCUAGUGGAGUAAUGCUACAAGAUAACAUCAUCUAGUGGAGUAAUGCUACAAGAUAACAUCUAGUGGAGUAAUGCUACAAGAUAACAUCUAGUGGAGUAAUGCUACAAGAUAACAUCUAGUGGAGUAAUGCUACAAGAUAACAUCUAGUGGAGUAAUGCUACAAGAUAACAUCAUCUAGUGGAGUAAAGCUACAACAUAAUAACAUCUAGUGGAGUAAAGCUACAACAUAAUAACAUCUAGUGGAGUAAUGCUACAAGAUAACAUCAUCUAGUGGAGUAAUGCUACAAGAUAACAUCAUCUAGUGGAGUAAUGCUACAAGAUAACAUCAUCUAGUGGAGUAAUGCUACAAGAUAACAUCUAGUGGAGUAAUGCUACAAGAUAACAUCAUCUAGUGGAGUAAUGCUACAAGAUAACAUCAUCUAGUGGAGUAAUGCUACAAGAUAACAUCUAGUGGAGUAAAGCUACAA